AUGAUGGAUAAGAAGAAGUAUCCAAUUGGACCGGAGCAUUACGCUCUUUAUGAAGUGAUCGGGCAAGGAGUCAGUGCUUCAGUCCAUCGUGCUUUAUGCAUACCAUUCGACGAAGUUGUUGCCAUCAAGAUCCUCGAUUUCGAACGCGAUAACUGCGAUUUGAACAAUAUUUGUCGAGAAGCACAGACAAUGAUGCUUGUCGACCAUCCCAACGUGUUGAAAUCACACUGCUCCUUUGUUAGUGAUCACAACUUGUGGGUGAUUAUGCCUUACAUGUCCGGAGGUUCUUGUCUUCACAUUUUAAAAGCUGCAUAUCCCGAUGGAUUGGAGGAAGCUGUGAUAGCAACGAUAUUGCGUGAAGCGUUGAAGGGAUUAGACUAUCUUCAUCAACAUGGCCACAUACAUCGCGAUGUAAAGGCCGGUAAUAUACUGAUAGGAGCUAAAGGUGGGAUCAAGUUGGGAGACUUUGGUGUAUCUGCUUGUCUCUUUGAUUCAGGUGAUAGGCAACGGACAAGGAAUACAUUUGUUGGAACACCUUGCUGGAUGGCACCUGAGGUCAUGGAGCAGUUACAUGGUUAUGACUUCAAGGCUGAUAUUUGGUCGUUGGGUAUAACUGCAUUGGAGCUUGCUCAUGGCCAUGCUCCUUUCUCGAAGUUCCCACCAAUGAAGGUUCUGCUUAUGACCUUGCAAAAUGCACCACCAGGGCUAGAUUACGAAAGGGACAAGAAAUUCACUAGGUCUUUUAAGCAGAUGAUUGCUAGUUGUCUGGUUAAAGAUCCUUCCAAACGCCCUGCUGCUAAGAAAUUGUUGAAGCAUUCCUUUUUCAAGCAAGCAAGGUCAAGCGACUACAUUGCGCGGAAACUUCUUGAUGGGUUGCCAGAUCUUGUUGAUCGUGUGCAAGAAAUAAAGAAAAAAGAAGAAGAUAUGCUUGCUCAGAAGAAAAUGCCAGAUGGAGAGAAGGAAGAACUGUCACAGAAUGAAUAUAAAAGAGGCAUUAGUGGGUGGAAUUUCAAUCUCGAAGAUAUGAAAGCACAGGCUUCUUUGAUCCAGGACAUUGAUGAUGGCUUAUCCGAGAACAGUUUAAUGGAGAUCUCAAAUUCGUCACAGGUGCUAGAUUCACAGGAUAUGCAAUCAGAGACUCAGGAGGAUAAUGAUUGUCUAACUAAUAAGCCUUUCCAGCGUCUAAUUCCUCGAACUCUAAGCAUAGUGAGGGAUAAAUCUGAUGAUGAUUCAAGCGUCGCUAGCCCCAGUUAUGACAACUAUAUCUAUUCCUCCCUGUGUUAUGAUGAUCAAUCUGUAAAUAACACAAGUGUAGGGAGCACAAAUUCAAUCAAUGGAAAACCUUUGGACUCUACUUCAGUGCCCUCUAAUCCACGAACUGGAAUCUUAGCAGGCAACUCUGUUUCGUCGAAUCAAAAUAUCGCCCUCGCUCAAGUAGAGAGUGGCAAAACCCAAGAUGAGCUCCAAAAUGGCCAAACCUGCAAUGGAGCAGAGGCUACAGUGGGAGGAGAUGAAUCAUCUAAACCAGUAGUGACGGUAGAUGAAUACGAUGACAAAUCAAAGCCACAAAUGGUGCAACAAAGAGGACGUUUUAAAGUAACUUCUGAAAAUCUUGACAUAGACAACAAGGUGGUUCCCUCUCCGAUUAUACAAAAGAGUCACAGCAUGCAGGUACUGUGUCAAAAUCCUGCAGCUUCUUUGCCCGCGUCUGGUUUAGGAUCUGAUGGCGCAUCGCUAAAUCUAGCCAGUUCACACGUUUACCCACUGAUGUAUCCUGUUCUUCAGACUAAUAUUUUAGAAAGGGAUAACAUUCUGCAUAUGAUGAAAGUACUCACAAACCGAGAGUUAUCAGACAGCUGUGGUAUUGAACAGGGAAGCUUACAAAAACCCACUACACUUCCUACUGAGAAAUCCAUGCUUGAAGCAGCAAACGAAAGAGAGAAAGAGUUGCUCCACGAAAUAACCGAGCUGCAAUGGAGGCUAAUUUGUACUCAAGAAGAACUUCAGAAGUACAAAACCGAUAAUCCACAAUCAGUCAGUCUUACGGAAGUGGGAGUUAGUAAAAAACUCUUGUCUGAGUGUCUGUGUUCAAGUUCUGGCGUCUCUUUCCAUAACAAAGAUUCCUAA